AUGUACUGUAGUGCCUUGGACCAACGUAGGUGCACUCGGAAUAGAGGAAAGAAGGAGCCAAAGGAAUUGUGCCGCAGGCAAACACCCUUGCUCCAUCAAGGACCACAUCAGGUCAGAAAAAUAGUGCUACCACCUUGCAGCCUGCAGCGGUGCAGGGAGAUGUUACCACUCUGGCAGCGCCAUCACCCAAAGCCACGGUGCUGGUCAUGCUGCCGCGGCGGCCUCUGGUCGAGUCCCUGCUCAUGCUCCUCCUGGGCAGCCUGA